GUUAUCAAGUUCUCGUCUCUCUCUUCAUCUCCGGUUAGACAAGCCCCAAACUUGCCUAAAAAAAAAAAGAGAUUGUUUCUUGCCUUUAUCGUAAACGAAACGAAAAUAAGCGGCAUUUCUCAGCUAAAGACUCACCUCUGCUCUCUCUCUCUCUCUCUCUCUCUCAACACACAGUCUUCAUCGAGUCAGUCAGCAUGAUCCGGGAGCAGAAGGAAUUUAUCACUCAAAUCUUAACUGAAGCAUCAAAUUUCAGAGGCAUACAAGUAACAGAUGAUGAUGAUUGUUUAGUAAAACUACAGGGCAUCAUAGAACGAGUUCAGUAUCUUCCUAAUUUAGAGAAUUCGGCUCUGUCUGAUGUUUCUGAAGAUUUUAUUAGACUCCCAUCGUCAGUUACCCGAGACUUCGAGAUUGUUCAACUCAUGCUAGUGAAAAGUACCCAAAGUGCUAGUUUUGAGCCAAAGUUUCAUGACAAUUACCUAGCCUUUCUUGAGAAAGUUGGUCUCGAUUCAUUGUACAAAGAGGUCCUACUAACUACUUGUGUGAUUUCCAAGGCUCUCUUGUCUCCUCAAAAUCUGUCACACCCAAGGCUCAACCAAGUAUCCCCAGGCCGUACUCUACCAUCUUCAGAAACUUUACUACUUGUUCUUAAAAGUCUAGGUGCAUGGCUUGGGAAGUUUAUCGUCACUACUAAGGGGUCUUUGUCAAAGUUUGACAUAGACCUCAAGUCCUUGGUAGUUGAGGCCUACCAACUUGGUUUAUUGUCUAAAACCCUCCCUUUUGUUCUGGAGUUCUUGGAGCCUUGCAGCAAAAGUCCUUUCUACACACAUUCAAAUCCAUGGACAAUGAUGAUUCUCAAGCUUUUAUAUGAGAUUUACAUGAUGUCAAACAUGCAAGAUAAUCUUCGCUUGAGCAUUGAGGGAUUGUUGGAGAAGUUUGGUGUUUUGGAACAACUAAAGCCAUCUUCCAUACUGCAAAAAAAGCACAGAAAAAGGGAUCGCAGUGAUGUUCAUAUUCCCAUGGCCAAAGCAAUAAAAAACCCGCUUGAUAGUGCACCUGAUCGCGUUGACCUCCUCAGGUAUUCAAGAGAUAAAUUCUCCGAGGAGUUUCUUGUUACCAUUAAGACAUCGAGAUCUUUUAUUGGAAAUUACGGAGAGCUUGAAAGGAAAAUGAAAGAUCUCGUGCUGCAAAUUUUGAAAAAAAUUGGACCACUGCUUAUCAAACUUGCUGCGACUGUUGCACACGAGCGCGCCAAGGCAGCUUUUUUUAUGUAUCACAAUGGUAGAGCGGAUUGGAGUGAGACUUGGACAUACUUCAAUUACAAAAAAAAAUCUGGGUGUCUGGCUAAAGAAUUUACUCAACACACGGGCGAGAUAUUUCUCCGCGGCUGGAUGUCAUAUCUCGUUGGGGACUUACUUCAGAAACAUGAUUUUGCAUAUGGUCUUCAACACGCAAUAGUUGAAGGUGUGAUUGACGACAACCUUAAAUUCAUGUGCGAGAGACUUGGAGAGUGUGCUGAACUGGAGGCAAAUGGAUACUUUGAGAUACAAAGGAAAUCAUGGGGGCUAACAAGUCAUGAAAAUCUCGUGUAUGAAAUAUCUCGUGAGUUGGUGAAAGAUGUUACUGUCGAUGCUAUGAGCAAAUUCCUGAAAAAUGUUAAAAACUCUGAGGAAGAAAAACUAGCUUCAUUAUUCAAGGUCGUGUGCGACCAAUUUAAUUUCCAGAAAGAUCCCCCUAGUAUUUGUAUGUAUACAAAGAAGAUGGCGUACCUGGAUCCUCUGUUGAAAGGAAAAAACGGAAGAAUGCAAGAUCUGAUGCACGUGCUGGAGUAUUUCUGCAGAAACUCUAGUUUCACGAGGGGGCUGGAAGAUUUACUCGUUGAUGGUUUCCGUAGAACAGGGUAUUUAAGCGAGUCGGUAAUUAUGGAAUGGUUUGAACAAGGUCGUUCAAGGGCUGAAAAUAAAGCUCAGCUGUUUGAAUAUCUUAGAGAUCUAUCGUAUCAGCUGAUUCUCGAUCAGCUUUUGAGUCAGCUAUAAAUAUUACAUUUGGUUGUGAGUUUAUAGUAUGUGAUACAAUUGUUUUUUGCUGUCUUUUAUCUAUUUCAGGAUUUAAUUUCAGAA